AUGGCAAAUGAUGUCUUUGACAUUUUGGACGUUGAGGAGUCCGGUUCAAAAAAAUCCUUGAUAGACACAAGGGCUCUUUUAAGUAGAAACGACAAGAAGAAAAACGCCGUCAGACCUACCCAUGUGAAACGUCCUGGUCACAUUCCUCGAGAGGUUUGGGGAUUGCAAAAUACCUUUAAAAAUGAGCUUCCACCGCUUUUACCUUCCAAUGAGGAGCCUGUUUACAAACAGCCCAAAAUAGAAUUUGGAUCUGGACGUGUUAGGAAAUGGAAAUGGGUUCCUUUUAAAAACGCUGCUAGGGAAGACAAUCUUGAACUCUAUCAUUGGAGACGUGAGGGGUCCGAUGCGACCGAUGAGUACGACUUUGCUCGUUUAAAUAAGCAUAUAGAAGUUCCGACUUAUACUGACGCAGAUUAUAAAUCCUAUCUCCACGAUAAUAAGUGGACCCAAACUCGAACAUCUCACCUAAUGGAUUUAGCUCGUCAAUUUGAUGUUCGUUUCAUCCAUAUGCACGAUCGAUGGGAUACAGAAAAAUUUCCUCCCCGCCCAGCUAUAGAGGAAAUGAAGGCUCGCUAUUACGGAAUUCUGGCUGCUCUUGAUAAAGUUCGUGGCACAAAUCUCUCACAAGGUCUUCGCUAUGACAUUGACCACGAGAUUCUUAGAAGGAAACAGCUUAAUCUCCUUCACGGUCGUAGCAAGGAAGAGGUGGAAGAGGAGGAGCGACUAGUCACCGAGCUGGAACGUAUCGAAGCACGACGAAGAGCCCGCGAGAAGAAACAACAGGAUCUUCAAAAGAUUCUCAACCAGGCAGAACAACUCGACACUGGCGCAUAUGAUGAGGCGACUGGACUCGGAUCCACAGGGACUAGACGUGUUACUCAAUCCGGAAUAAGUAGUGUGGGUCAAUCCGAACGUCGUAAAUACACUGUAGAAGGCUUCGGAAGUAGAGCUGCGGGCGGUUCUCUUGGUACUAGUCUUGCGUCCACUGCGUCUUCUGUAAAUGCUAGUUUGUCUGCUGUUGCGAGCCUGACCUUCCAAGAUCUCUCAAAGACUCCCGGUGUACAUUUGAACAGUCAAGGGAUGAAACUACCAAGCACGUUGGGUCAGAAACGAAUACGGAUCAUCGAGAACUUCCUAUCACAAUAUCAAAUGGCGUAUAAUCGUUUACGUUCUAACAUCCUUCUGCUUUACGAUCUGCGAGGUGCACAACUCAACUGCGACUACGAUCUGCAGUCAGCCAAGGCCCGCUUGGAGCACUUUGCUCCCGAUAAGAAUAAAGCCCCAGGCUUUUCUUACCUCUCGUUUCAGAUUCCAGCCCGUCUUGCCGACUUAAACUUAAAUCCUUCAGGUGGUCCUUCAGCUCCCGCCGGUGUCGACGUCUCCGUUUUAGCCGCCCUUAAAGCCGCAGACUCAAAGCGUCCAGCCGCUCCAAAGCACGCCUUUGGCCACGCUGGUUCCAUCUCCGCCGCUUUUGGUACUGGUGGUGUCUCCAGUCUCCAGCACCAUCAAGUGUUGUCGGUGUCACCUGUUGGCGCUUCAUCUUCUCCCCAACUGCCUACUGUCUCGUCUGCUUCACCGAACUCUUCUUUAGGCACAGGGGAAGCGGCAUCUCCCCUUGGAACUCAAUCCGUUGGAUCUUCAUCGGGAAUAACCCCUGGAACAAGUAGCACUCAACGCAAAAAGAGGGCUGCAGCCGCUGUACAGGGACGCGUUAUGAAGAAGCUCAAGACAAAGGGACACCUUUUGGAAUAG